AACUUACGGUUACAUUGUUACAAGAUUUAAUUUUUGCUUCCACAAUGUUUGGCAUUUACAUUUUUUUUAUAUUUUUCGGCUAGUAAAUAACAGUUUUUAAUUGCUAGAGUUACUUGUCAGCGCUGAAACAAACUGCAGAGCAGUUCUUUAAGCGCAGAAAGGCUUAUAAAGAUCAUUAAGAAAUACCGUGCUGUUGUAUAACGUACUUUUGUAGUACCUAAUCGUAAGUACCACGAUACAAUCAACGUUUUUCACACCUGCAGUAAAGAAUAUUGACCAAAAAUGUUUGGAGAUUUUGAUUCUUGUUGUUUAUCAACCAUUUCCGAUUUCCACGGGGAGAUUUCAACAAGAAAUGUAGGGGAGACAUCGCAAAUCGCUACUCGUAUAUAUAGGAUAAAGAGCGGCCCGGACUAGCAAUACGAAGUUGCAGCUAGUGCGGGAAUGGCUCGCGUCCCCAUUGUGUUGGUGCGACAUCCCGACAGCCGGGAAGAGCAGUGGUGUCUGGGCUUCCUGCGGCAGACAUCCGGCUUCGGCGCCGAGGUCAGCGUGGACUUCCGGUGCGAGCGCCUGGCCCCGCGCUGCUUCCCCCUGCAGGCGUUGUUCCCCCACGUCCACCCGCCCCACGCCGGCCCGGUGCUGGUGGCGUUACGCGCCGAUCGCCGCCGCGAUCCCCUUACGCUGCAGCCGGCCUCCAUCCUGUCCUUCUGCUGCUUCGGGCAGGUACAGUUCGCCCUCGUGCAGACGCCAGCUGACGGCGCCCGGCAUCUCGUGCACCGGAUGCAGCUGGUCGCGCCCUUUCACGAUUCACCGGGGCGUUCGCUGUGGGAUCGGGUUCACGCUGGUCAGGGAAACGUUUGGGGACUCGACGGGCAUGGUUCCGUUGAUGCCGGGAUUCUGGAUCAGCCAGAGGUCACGUUUAGCGCCAGUUCUGCGUCCUCCGCAAUGCCGUGCGGUGUCAGCUUUGCCGUUAUGUCCCUGGAUAUGGUCGAGGGCAUCCUGGAGCAUGUCGACAUGCAGACCCGGGCCCGACUAAGAAGGGUCAGUCCGGCAUGGAACGCGCUGUUGACCACGCGUCCGGCACUGCGCCAGCACGUGACCUUUGACUUCCGGCUGCGCCCCGCCAGCGACAGUCUCGCCGAAGAUAUGUUCCGCCUGGGCCGCGCGCUCUUCCGCUGCUUAACCGGCGACGUGCAGACGCUGACGCUGCGUCACUGGACGCCGGGGCUGGCGCGGGCGACCUUUAACCGCGCCACCGCGGACAUUACCGUCCUAGGCUACAUACUGCCGCUGCUCGUCGGCGGGUCGGUGCCGCGCAUCGUCCUGCAGCACUGCGUCGUCGACCACGACCUCAGCUCCAGCUGGCGCAUGAACCGUGCCUUGGAGGCGGUGGGGAUCGGCGCCAAAGACCCCGUCUGCAUCGCGUGGUGCGGUCCACUGCACCGCCUGGGACCGCUGCUGGCGCUGUGUCGACGGUUGAUUCUCCGCGACUACGUCAUGCAGGAUGUCUUCGGCUCGUUCGGCCGCGGAGGGACUCAGCGCGAAUCGCACCUUUAUACUUUUCGGGGUGGGACGCGCCGCUCGGUGGACGUCCGGCUGGCCGACCUCCGCCUGGACAGCUGCCGGGAUAGGGACGCCACCCUGGACGUGGUCGUGCAGGCCGUGGAGGUGGCCCUGGCGCCGGCGGUGUCGUCCGACAUGAGCGCUAACGUAAAGGUCAUGCUGGAGUACUGGCGCUCACUGCCGCUGAAGGACGCCCGUUGCUACUGGGGCGUGAUGAAGACGAUUUUGGCAGUCACGGAAUCUAGCAAUCCUGCCUGGCGUUUGGUGUUGUCAUACGAGGUCGAGGAACCGGAUGUGGAGUGGCCGGUGCCGGCGAUGCAGCACGGCCCGGUGACGAUGGCCGCUCUGGACAGCCUAUUCGGGCCAGCCACGGCAAGACUAGAUGGAUAAUGUGUAAUCCACAUUUACUGUAUUCCUUAGUCUUUCUCAUAUAUUUGUUCAUUCUCACUAUCAGUCCUCUUCAAACACUGCCAACAUUUUGCCAUUAUUGUUGCCAGAUUUCUCUGCCUCCCUUAUUCGGGACAGUAAUAAAAUUUAACAGAAGUAUAGAACUAUCGCAGUAAACAGUCAGCACAAAAAUGAUAAAGUAUCAUAAUCCGAAGACACAGCAAAAUAAAUGGCAGAGGCAGACGUGUGCAAUGAUGCCCAGCAAUCAACUGUCCAGCAAUGAGCGGCCAAGCAGC